AUGGAUGAUGAGAAUUUGACAAUGGAUAAAAAUUUAAACAACACUAUUACAAACAGGGCCUGUCAUAAACAAAUUCAUGUUUAUAUGUAUAAACAUAAAGCUCAGUGUGAUUUGACCCGUUCGGGACAGUUACCAUAUGAUUUUACUAGUAAAUUAGAUGACACUCAUCCUAUUUCUUCAAGUGAUUCUUCUGAAUUUGUGACUCCUUGAUCGGGAUCAUUUUUUGUUAAUUCUUAGUCAACUUGGUCUAAUGAAAAAGAGAACAU